AUGAAAUUUAUUUUAAUAACGUUAAUUGCACUAAGUGUCUUUACUGCAAUUAGCGCAUCCUUUGAAAAAACUAUUAACGAAGGAGAACAUGAUCACUUUGAAUGUCCUAGUAAUCAGCCAAUUUACGUUGAAUAUGGUAAAUGGACUUACAACAAGCUUAAUUGGAGAAAUGGCUUUAUUCCGAACUGGCGAAAUUAUUUCUUUCUUUGGGGAAACCUUAUUGGCAUGUGUACUUAUGAUGUGACUGAAGCUGUUAAAAAAAUGUGUAAUGGUAAAAGUAACUGUGAAAUUGAUGGAAAUAGAAUAUCAUUGCACAGCGACGAAUGCAAUUACUGGAUGAAGCUCAUUGUGACAUAUGAGUGUCUGGACUGUUCUGAAUAUGAAAAUAAGAAAAAAGGAAGUGAUGAUCAUGAACAUUUAAGAUUUAAAAGACAAUAUGGAUCAAAAGCUGCAACUUGUACAGCACACUUUUUAGCAUUCGCUGCUGUAGGAUUUCAAAAUAAUAGAAAUAAUCACAGAUUUUGUCCUAAUCAAACGUUCGUUGACAAGCACGUUUGUAGUCAUUGUCAAAGCAACAGUGACGUUGUUAACUUUGCAAUACACGUUGCAAACUUAAGAAAUCAACAUAAUUAUAAACCAACAAAUAUUAACUCUGUAUUCGUUGGAAAUCCGACUUAUACACAAGCUGGAACUCUGUGUAAAUUUUAUUCAGCAUUACCAAAAUACAAUUGUCAUUAUGGAACAAUAACUUGGACUUGUUAUAAAGAAACAAACGAUGUACGUGCUAGUCAUCAGUUAAUUAGUGGACAUUAUGAACCAGGAUAUGACAUUUGA